AUGGAGAAAUAUCUAACAUUGGAUAAUCUUGAAGUAGGUCUAAAGUUUGCAGGUAUUAUUUCGUCUGGGUUGUUCGCUGGUGGAGCGAUUUAUUGCGGAGCUUCGCAACUGCCUGGUAUUCUGGCUAUGACAGAUAUGGACCAAGCUUUGAUGAAUUUUAGAUACUUCUGGCCACGAGUUAGACAAAUGGUAUGUACAAUGAAAUAUGUUGCAAUACUUUAAUAUUCCUAGUUUAGAUGUAUUAUACAGUUAGAUAUUUUUUGUUUGAAUGAGGCCUGUAGGCGCGUAGCUGUAGUGGUUGCUUGCCUCAUCAAUUGCUAUAUUUUGCAAUUUCUUAAUUGGCAAAUUAUUCAAGCUAGAGAAAGUUUGCUGUGCACAGUUUUCACAUGGGUUGAAAGUUGGAAAGAGAAUUUCUGUUGAAUUUGAAUGUUGAAGUUCUGUAGAAUUAAUUUGUGAUUUGUGAAUGCACGGUGAAUAACUGUGAUGAAUGUGAUACAAAAUCAUACAAGUAUAGGUACUUGUAUAAUUUGACCUUUGGUCGACACAAUUUAUUGAUAUUAUUAAACUUGAGUGGCAAUGUGUCCUGAUGUUCCCUACUUUAUUAUCAAUGUCACUCAAUCUAUCAAAUGCCAAAUUAUUUUACUCUGUCUUUAGAUGAUUUUACUUGUCAAGAGGAGAGUACUGCCACUUCCCAUGCAUCCUGUUAACCCUUAUGUAACCUUCGAUCAGGCCUAUAAAUAAAUAAGUAGGCCUGAUACAAACCUUAACAAAAGUCCAUGCUGUACAACCAUAUGUCGGUUGUAAAUCUGAUUGGUCUAUGAGACAAAAGAUUUUUUAAUCUGUCAUUUGAUUGGUGCUAAUUAGAUUAUACUAUUGUUGUUGAUAUAUUUUAUAGUGAUCACAACUAUAAUUAGAUUUGAUGUUUGUGAUGUUACUCUGAGUGUAUAUCCACACCGGGCGAGCUUGAAAAAUAUGCCCGGCCACGGUGGGAAUCGAACAUACGACCUUUGGAUACUAGCCCAAUGCUCUGCCAACUGAGCUACGCGGUCAGGACGGUUCGAGUAAGUGAUAUUUCGGAACAGAAUCUAGUUCCUUCGAUACCAAUGUAAUCUAGUAAUAUGAUUUUUUUUCUGUGAUGGUGUUGUGUACUCAGGUGUGAAUAUGAUGUUUGUGAUGUUACUCUGAGUAACAUGGGCUAGUAUUCCAAAGGUCGUAGGUUUGAUUCCAAACUCUGGAAUCCAAAGGUUGUAGGUUCGAUUCCAAACUCGAAUCCCAAACUCUGGACUAGUAUUCCAAAGGUCGUAGGUUCGAUUCCCACCGUGGCCGGGCAUAUUUUUCAAGCUCGCCCGGUGUGGAUAUACACUCAGAGUAACAUCACAAACAUCAUAUUCACACCUGAGUACACACCACCAUCACAGAAAAAAAAAUUAUAAUUAGAUUGUUGUUGUUAAAUUUCUCCUGCAACAUUUUGAUGGGAUACUAAAUAUAAACUUUGCUGUUAGUGGAAAGCAAUCGGAUUAAGGUUUGUGUCAGGCUAUUAUUUGUAAAAUAGAGCCUGAUACUCAGGUUACCCUUUACGUGGCAAUGCGUCCUGAUGUGCCAUAUUUGAUAUUUUAUUAUUUACUCUGUCUAACACCAGAUGAUUUUACUUUUUAAGGGACGAGCACUCUAACCAUUGUUAGAUAUUAGGGGAUAUAUGGGGUCCACUAGUCACAAUAGUGUGCACAACAAAAAAAUAUUGAAACACUGUACUGCAAAAUCAUAAUAACCUAAAUCACAGUGAACCACUGUUGCUGCACCGUACAGUAUAUUAUUAGCUCACCAUGUAUAUGUUAACCCAUAUUGAGUACUUACCAGUGCUCUCCCCUUGAUGAGUAAAAUUGUCUGGAGAUAGUAAAAUAAUAUAAUUGGGUGUAUACAUUGUGCAGGUGUAUGCAAUGCAACUUGAUGGGUUAAUUAACCUUUCAAUACAGGCACUCGCUUGUAAUUUGACCAAAUAAAAGUGAAUGUAAUAUUCUGAGAAUGUUGUCUUCUAGCUGGCUGUCUACCAGAAGCUAAUUGCAAAUCCUGCACACAGAUAAAUUUAACAAUUACACCAUGAUUAUACUGUACUCAUUUAUUCAACAUGGUACUAUUAAUUUAUAAUACUGCCAUUUCAGAUAUUUUCUCCCUGCAACACUGUUGCUUUACAAACAUUGUCUUGCAGGAAUUCAGCAGACUGCAACACUGCAUUGAAGUUUUUUUUACAGUAAUGCCACACAAGAAAUGGUCAUCACGACAAAUUCCAAUAUCCCCCUCCUGUCAGUUUGCAUUUUGCAAAUUAUACUUGCCUCAUGCUUUCAGUUACUGAAAUUUGUGUUGGAUAUUAAUUAGAUAUCAAAGAUAUUUCAUUAGGGGUGCACCGGAUUUGGAAUUUUCAAAUCUGGCCGGAACCGGAUUUGGACAAAAAUUCCGGCCGGAUUUGAGAUAAACCGGUAAUGGGGACAAUUGGGGAUAAAUCAGUAUUCAAAAUGACGGUUUAUGUUUUUUACUAUUUUUAGUUCGUGUCAGUUUAGAUUUUUGAUUGUGUUUAAACCUUUUUUAAACAUCUUUUUGUUACUAAUAAGGCCAAAAAAAAAAUAUGUGGGUUUCCGGUUUCCUCUUGUAAAAACUUAGGUAGGGUAGGUCGGUUUUAACUUUUUUUUUAAUUUUCCUAACAACCGGACGCCAUUUUGUUUAGUCAGUGCUUCCACAUCCAAACCACAGAAUAGGAAGUUAUACCAGAAGCGUAACUCGAGCAAAUAUUUGUCCGCGUUUUUACAAGCGAUUCGUCAUCAAUCACGCCAUCCUGGCUAGUACAACCGGCACUUUGUACCUACCAAAUCCUGAUAAAAACUUCCGGCUGUACUAGCCAGGAUGGCGUGGCCUGACGUGAGCGAGUUAAAAUUUUCGUGGAUAAGGGAAACGACUAGAGUUACGCUUCUGGUAUAACUUCCUAUUCUGUGUCCAAACAUAAAUUUCCGUAAUAUUGCCUCAAAUUUUCAUUUUCCACAAACGUUUUGCUCUAAGUGGAAACACUUAGAAGCGUGAUCCAAUAAAAAAGUUUACGGUCGGGAUUUCGACGUCCAAAAGCUAGGUAGGGUCGGGAAACCGGAAACCCACAUAUUUUUUUAUUUGGCCUAACUUAAUAUUUUAUAAUAAUAUAAGUGUUUUUUUAAACUUUAAAGCCGCCAAAUUGAUGGUUUAUCCCAUUCUUGGUGAACUUUUUAAGGUGAAAACAGCAAUUUAAAUCCGGCCGGAUUUUCUCCAAAUCCGGCCGGAUGCCGGAAAAAAUUCGUUAAAUCCGGCCGGAAUUCCGGCCGGAUUUGAAAUCCGGUGUACCCCUAUAUUUCAUACCAUGACUUGUAUUCAGACUUCUUAUAAUGGUACAGUAUACUGUACAAUUGAAAAUGCAAAAUGGUGUCCAAGUAUUUGCAAUAUAUAUAUUGAAACCUACACUUGAUAUGUAGUAAUUCCAUUCCGUCCUGAUGAUGACUAAAAUCUAGUCGAAACGUGAAAUAAAUUAUUUUGAAAAUGUUUACCGUUUUCAGAGUUACUAUUUUAAAGAUGGAUGCAGAUGUUCGGGUUUGUUUACAUUUUCAGCACGUCCUAUAUUGAUUUUCAUAAAAUAUGAUGUACUUAGUUAAUAUCUAACGUCGUUCUGGUUCCCUAUACUUUUCAAUGAAUAUUAGAUUGGAGUUUCAAUUUAGAAGAUGUUGAAACAACAUGAAAUUUGAGUAUUGUUUAUAUUGAAGGGUCCUCGCAUAGUACAUGCACAGAACAGACUUGACUCUGUCUUUACUGUCGAGUGUCGAUGCAAUGGAAGUGUUGAUAAAAUAUUGCACCAAUUCCUUUCCUCAAGUUGAUCAAUUCAUUUGAUAGAAAAUUGAUCAACUUCCUGUUUACUGGUAUGCUUGUUCCCAAUUGGUCAGUCAAUCAAUGAAACGUAAAGCCAUUGGUUGAUUCAAUCACACAGGAAGUUGAUCAAUUUUUCAACGAAUGAAUUGAUCAGUUCUAAGUAAUGAAUUGAUGCGAUAUUUUAUCAACACUUCCAUUGCAACGACAGUAAAUAAAAUACACAGUGCACUUUUCACAUGUGGAAAUUCAAAUGUACAUUCAAAUGUACACUCAAGGCCAAUUGAAAAACUAGUAGUUUCUCGUCCCUGCGCCCAUGCUUAUUUCCUGCCGCAUCCACUUUCCUUUUUUUAUUUUUUAUUCGCCAUUUUUCGGCCCUUUCGGAAGCUGUCAGAAACCUCCAAUUACCUUUCAGAACUUGUUUGGAACUGCUUGGAACCUUUUGCGCCAAUGUUGUUUUGGCAACAUAUUUUUAUAUUUGUUAAAUUGGUAUAAAUUUUGAGUAGAAAAAAAUCAAAUUUCUCGCGUUCUCCUUGUUUUUCAAAAUUCGGACGAGAAACUACUAUUUGUUUUUACUUGGCCCAAUUUCAUUCAUUUGCAAUGUGCAAUUUCAAAUGUACCUUCUUAAUUACAUUUAGCCUCGCUCGUCAUUAAUUGGAGGAGUUUCAGGUGUAGGAGCAUUCCUUGUAAGAAGAAAAUUGGAAGAUCUUCCAUGGUUAGUUGGUGGUCUGGGAAUGUUUUUCAAUGGUGGAUUUACUGUGAAGGUCGUUUAUCCUAAAUCCAUAGAACCACUCAUGGAUGCAGAUCUUCUCAAGAACAAUGGUAAUUAAGAUUAACAUUGUCUUUUGUGGGAAAGCUUUCAAUCAGUAAUUUUAAUGCGAUCUACAAUCUACAAUUUUCAAUCUACUUCAAUAUACGAUUACUAUUAACAUUUCUAUGGCGCAAAUUUACAUGUGGUUAUGAUGAAAUGCGCUACUCAUUAAGUAUUAAACUUAGCGUAGACCAUUUCAUCAAUACGACAAUUAUGAUAUUAAUAUUACUCUCUUAAGGUAAUUCCGCAGUUUUGCAUUGCGCACUUUUACUGCGCACAUCUUAUAACUUAUAAUUUCAUCCAUUAUACGUACCGUUUAAAAAAAAUCAUUUUGUGACAAUUUUAUUUUACUUCAAAACAUGUUUGGUUACAUUCGUGCAAAGAAUUACGUUAAAAUCAAUGUUUUCAAAAAAGGCAUACAAAUGAGUAGCUAGGGUUCCCUGUGUAUGUACUAUAUAAAUUUACUUGUCUUUCACGUUUUAAUGCCACAAUUCCCCCAAAAAGGUCGGUGACCCGCAUUUUACAUUUCAUAUCCGAAAUUAAAAGAAAAAUCAUUUCUGGAUCUUGAAAUAGAAUCCUUUACCAAUGCAUUUUCUCAAAGAAAGAUAUGUAAAGAAAUGUGCAAAAGACGUUUGUGGAUCAGAAUUGUACACGUUAGUAGUUUCAUUUCACUCAAAACACAAUAUUUUUUCAAAAAUAAUUUAUUAUUUACAAGAUAGGUUUACUAAAUAGUCUAGGACCUGUAUAUGAGUUUGUAUGCGUUUCAUUUAGCACAGGUAAUCUCAACUGUUUUAGGGUAAAAUGACCAUGGCGGUCAACAUGGCAUAUGUGCCAAAACCUGAAUCCGGGACGAAAGUCCUGAAAAUGACCCCGCCCUGAAACGGCAGUGUUGACAUAGCUCUAACUUCAGCAAACAAAAAGCGAUAGUCUUUCUGAAGUGCUUAUAGUGUUUAGAAGGGUUACUUUUAGGUGGUCAUUGGAAGAAAAAAUUUGUCUAAGUAAAUAUUUUACAAGAAAAUGACCAUGCACCACCCCAGGUAAAUUGCUAAUUAUGCAUAAAAUAACUAAUAUGCCUGGCAGAAAUGAAAUAUUCGUAUUUCCUAAAAAAAAUUAUCAUGGGGUGAAAAACUAUGCUUAAUUUAAUAUAAAUAUUGUUGAUAUCAUAAGGAUUGUCAUUGUUUUCUUUAAAUAUAAUACAUUUUAUUUCACUUACCCCCCACGAAAACACGAUUUCAGCCAUAUUUUGCCGUCUUGUUUGCUUUUUAUCGCCGAAUCUCGCAAAUAUCAUCCAGUUAUUGUACAUUUACAUAAUUAGAAAUGGCUGAAGAAGAUUUCAAAGAAGGUUUCAUCCACUUUAGAAACAGUGCAGUGUAUUUUAUCUUCGAUAUUGUGUCCUUCGAUACUUCGUCAAAUUGCCGCCAUUUUAAUGGCUCGCCGCUUCUCUGCCCGAUAAAUGCCACUUCUUCGUUUUCAUAUGUAUUUAGAUUACAUUAUCCAGGAGUACUUCAUUGUAGAAUAGUCCCAAUCCAAAAAUUGGAAAUAUUAUUUGUAUUUGGGGAGAAAAAACCUCCCAUAAUAGUUGUCCUGUCAGAAUUCAAAAGAAGUAAUUUAAUAGUCACGCGCAAGUUCGCGAAAACACCUCGUGGGUUACAUAACAGGGGGGUGAAUAUUUCACGAAGCGUUUGUUCUCCACCACAGGCCACGGCAUUCGGCAACCUAACUAAGUACAUUAUAUUUAUUGUAUAUUUGUGAUUAUGAUAAAAACAAUAAAUAUUUGCGUAUAUUUAUCAUCAAUUAUAAAAAUACAAAAAAAUAAUACAUUUAGUUAGGUUGCUGUGGUGGCGAACAAACGUUUCGUGAAAAUAUUCACCCCCCUGUUAUGUAAACCACGAGGUGUUUUCGCGAACUUGCGCGUGACUUUUAAAUUACUUCUUUUGAAUUCUGACAGGACAACUAUUAUGGGAGGUUUUUUCCUCCCAAAUACAAAUAAUAUUUCAAAUUUUUGGAUUGGGACUAUUCUACAAUGAAGUACUCCUGGAUAAUGUAAUCUAAAUACAUAUGAAAACGAAGAAGUGGCAUUUAUCGGGCAGAGAAGCGGCGAGCCAUUAAAAUGGCGGCAAUUUGAGGAAAUAUCGAAGGACACAAUAUCGAAGAUAAAAUACACUGCACUGUUUCUAAAAUGGAUGAAACCUUCUUUGAAAUCUCUUCAGCCAUUUAUGAUUAUGUAAAAGUACAAUAACUGGAUGAUAUUUGCGAGAUUCGGCGAUAAAAAGCAAACAAGACGGCAAAAUAUGGCUGAAAUCGUGUUUUCGUGGGGAGUAAGUGAAAUAAAAUGUAUUGUAUUUAAAGAAAACAAUGACAAUCCUUAUGAUAUCAACAAUAUUUAUAUUAAAUUAAGCAUUGUUUUUCACCCCAUGAUAAUAUUUUUUAGGAAAUAAGAAUAUUUAAUUUCUGCCAGGCAUAUUAGUGAUUUUAUGCAUAAUUAGCAAUUUACCUGGGUAUUUGCAUGGUCAAUUUCUUGUAAAAUAUUUACUUAGACAAAUUUUUCCUUCCAAUGACCACCCCUAAAAGCAACCCUUCUAAACACUAUAAGCACUUCAGAAAGACCAUCGCUUUUUGUUUUCUGAAGUUAGAGCUAUGUCGACACUGCCGUUUCAGGGCGGGGUCAUUUUCAGGACUUUCGUCCCGGAUUCAGGUUUUGGCACAUAUGCCAUGUUGACCGCCAUGGUCAUUUUACCCUAAAACAGUUGAGAUUAUCUGUGCUAAAUGAAACGCAUACAAACUCAUAUACAGGUCCUAGACUAAAAGCAAAAUCCGCGCUAAAAACGUCAAUAAAUAUCGGGCUGUUGUGAGUUUGCUGUUACUCGUAAUGAGCGUCAAGAUGGCGCCAUGUUGGGGUAAAGGUGGUAUAUUGUGAUUGUCAUAUCUUCAGUGGCGUGCUGGCAGGGGGGGCCGGGGGGCCAAGCCCCCCCCAGCUGGCAAUUCUUGGGGGGCGCAAAAAUGAAAAGGGGGCGCCGAAUUUUGAAAGUGGGUGGGAAAAAACGCAUUCGAAAAAAUAUAGUUACUUCCGCCAAGAAAAGAUGUGCUUAUAAACAGACUAAGCGCACAGACGACAAAGUCACACAUAUUAAAUUACAGACUAUUUUGUCUAACCGUAUUUGCUAAUUUGCUACCUCACAGCUCACACAAAAUCGUUCAUAGAGAAACAUGAUCAGUGAUCACAGGCAAUGUCUCAUUACCGGAAUAUUGGUCAGGUUUCGAAGUGAUCACGGGAAUUAUGCCCUUUUUUGCUGGUAUUAUGCACUUAUAUUAUGCCCCUUAUUAUGUAAAAUUGUGUACGCAAUUUGUUUGUUUGCGCAAGAAACAUCAUGAGUAAUGUAAGUAAUGAAAUAUGCUGAAACACGCCCUUUUGGCAGCCAGGCAAGGAAACCAUAAAAUGCAUAUGCGUGGGGUCCGUGUGUUAUUGUAUAAAAGAGCUGUAAGUUGUAAAUGUAUUCAGAACACUAGAUCAGUAGAAAAUAGAAUUGGGAGAAUAAAAGCUGGAAGUAGUUAGCAUUGCAUAAUUUAAGUACUAUUACUAAAUUCUAACCAAAUUGCAAAUUUCGACACGUUAUAAUCCGUUCCCUGACCAUCAGAUUUCUGUCAAAUCUUCCCCCAAAGUCCAGGAAAUGGCAUUUCAGAGACUCUAAAUUGAAAAAUUUUCCUGGGAGGCAUUCCCCCGGACCCCCCCUACACAAACCUCGCACCUGCGGCGCUCGGCUCGUGCCUUCGGCCCUCGUUUAUCAAGCGUAACAUUAUAAGGGCGCAUAUUGGUUGACAGCCCACUGCCCCUCCAGAGAAAUAGUACCCAGCACGCCACUGCAUAUCUUCUUAACGAGUUCGGUGACCCCGACUUUUUUGUGUGAUUUUACUUUAAGUAUAUCAUAAACUGCAUGCCUGGGAAGUUUCAGCACAUUCUCAUUUCGGGAACAAUUACUGCGGAAUUACCUUAAGUAUUAGACUUAGCGUAGAUCAUUUCAUCAAUACGACAAUUAUGAUAUUAAUAAUAAUUACUCUCUUAAUUGUAUUUAUCCUGACCUAACCUAUCCUGUCAAUUUCUCCUGUCGGGUGGAAACCAGAGCGCCCGGAGAUAACACACGGCUUUUGGCAGAGCGACGACUUUGUAGUUGUUCAGACUGGGCCCUAUAACCUUCAUGAUGCGAUAACUGAAGAUUUUUAGUCGUACCUGACUGCUACUCCAAUGAUUAUUGCCGCGUACUUGAGCUGGGACACAUUUUAGACUCAAGGUGUACUUAGUCAUUAAAAUGAAGUACAUAAAGUACAGUUUUCUGAAAGGUAUUAGUUCAGUAACAUAAAACCACGAGUUAGAACAAGAAGGACGACAACUGCAUACACAAGCAUUGGAAUCGACUCAUUCCUUAGGCUUAGUAUCAUCAGUCCAAUAAUUUUUCAUGCCAAGACAUGUCAGACAUGCCCAUAUAUUACCGGCUUAAUUGCGGUUUGAAUACGUUGGGUUUGGUAAAGUCAUAUGGUAGCAGAAAAAUGUAAAUACGCAAAUAGCGAGAGUUACGUGGAGUGUACCUACGAGGUACGUGGCUGAAAACAAGAACGUACCAGACCGUAAUAUUAGACAGGUUAAGAUACCCCGGUUUCGGUGUACGGGUAGCAUGAUUUUGGUUAGCAAUAUUUUCGUCGAUGUCUGUACCUUUACUCGUAAUUAAGGUGCACAUUUUUCGCAUUAUAUCAUUGUCUAUUGCAAGAAAACAGAAAAAGUAUGAUCGAAUUGGCCUUUCUCACAUUUUUGGGUGGCAUCCAAUUCUCGUUAACUAAUGCAGACAAUUAAAACAAUGUGAACAGCAAUUCCUCAAAAUAAACUAACCAUUUACAAAGCAAAUUUACCAUCAUUCGUCGAAAAAAAUAUAAAAAGUCGCUCUUAUGUGGACUUAUUUCGCAGACUUCGGCUGAAAUGCCACCCAAAAAUGGCGGCGUGAGAAAGGCUAAUUACAGGCAUCAGUAAAACAAGAUGACACUACUCGUACCCGUACACCGAAACCACGGUAUGUUAACCUCUCUAUUGGCAUACCUCCGGUACGUAAGUACGCAAAUUAUCGCACCCUGAACUAUCAUACCCUGAGUGACCAAAAUCCUACUCUGGGUAUACCUAUAUUUUCAGGGAUACAUCUUUUUAGGAGAUACAGUAACAAGUCACUACAGGUUUCUGUAUCUCAUACUGUCCUACAAAAUAUUGCUGCAUAUCUCAGAUGCAUAUUUUUAAAAGAAAUGCGAACAUUUUGAAAAUGAAUUGUGAUACCACAGCCGAUCGAGGGCUUUCAAAAUAAGCUGCUGGUCGCUGCAGCUCCGGCACGAAGUUCACUGCCACUUUUUUUACUACUUCAAAUAUCAAUUCUGUUUUCCUUCCUCACCUCGAAGCUUUCAAACAACAAAGUUGUUUUUCCUUAACCUGCGUAUCUAUUUUGUAGCCUGGUUAUUUUCGAAAACGACGUAGUAUUUCCUACCUCCUCCGCAGGCCCUUUCUCGGGCAAAUAUGCGGGCGGUUUGCGGGUGGUGCCGAAAUGCUCCCCAAGCGCCUGCGGAGGAGGUAGUAGUAUUUCGUAAAACUUGUAAGCUACAGUAUCUUGUUAAAGAAUGAAAGUAUAGUGAUACAUCAUAAUGUGGUUAUAGCUGGAUCUCAGUAGCCUGCUUGCAGAUAUCUAAUCAAUAUACGCGCUUAUGUCUAGUUAAUUUGGAGGACUUUAAGACUCCUUAUAGAACGCCAGGGCAGGAAAAAAGAAUUUUCUUCCUGCGAGCACAGCCUGGAGACAAAAAUUUCCUGCAGACCAACGGAGUAUUUUUGUGCUAAAUCUGCAUGUAUCUAAACAUAUAGUGUUUUAGCUGACUAUAUGGUUAGCAUAAACAUAUAAUUUUCUAGCUGAAAUUGAAGGAAUAAUGUCUGUCAACCAUAUGUUGUUGCGGCCCAUAGGUGGGCAUGGGUGUUAAAGGUUUCCUUCAAAUUUUCAAUAGAAAAUCUUCAUUCAAACGAACUUCCUGCAGCUGUUUAACAUUUUCUGCUAGCAGUGCUCGCGUGCUCGCCUAUUUUUUCCACCCCUGUAGAGACCGCUCCCCACAGUCAGAAAACUGCGGAUUGAUAGGGAUGCAACUACCUCAAAAAUACAUUGUCAAGGAGAACUUCGACAUUUCGAGAAAAGGCACUUCAUUGGGUCGGUCAGGAAGUUAGUUGGCUGUCCUACAACCUCCCGACGAAGAGCCUUCGCUCGAAACGUCGAAGUUUUCCUUGUAUUAGGUACUGGUCAUUAUUUAUGGCCGGGGGGGGGCUGAAGAGAAAAUGGGUGGGUAAACAAAAUUUUAUGGGUGGAAAUGGGUGGGUUGAAUAAAAAUUCACCAAGCCAAGGUGUGGGUAAAGUAAAAAUCAUUAAGUCGGAUAAUACUAAAAUAUUUGUGUUAUUUGUUUUAUUAAGAUCGAAUAAAUAUCAUUUACUUAUGUCAAUUUGCAAAGUAUUCCAUUUGAACCUGCCAUAACAGUCAUGAUAAAGUGACAGAAUUCAUACUUGUUGGCUCAUACUUUUUGUUCUCUCAAAAACUCAUAUAAGUCAAUCUAGCUUUUAAGUAAGUAAAUUGGCAAAAUUAAGUCAGGGUGGAUCUACGAUUUUUGAAUGAGCGCUGGGGUUGGGUGGAGAAAAAUUUUUUUUUGAAAGUUGGGUCACUAAAAAAUUUGGCCAAGAAAAUGUUUCUCCUCAGUGCCCCCCCCCCCGGCCAUAAAUAAUGACCGGCCCUUAUUCAUGUAGUUGCAUCCCUAUCCGAAGUUUUCAUAUUAUUGGCAGUACCUACACUGGCACAGACCGAUUAUACUCCCCACAGCCACCUACUCAAAAUAAUUCUGAAAGCCCUGCUAAACCCAGACUGCACUAACUAAACUAUUAUUUUAUCUUAUCUUUGCAGACGAUGCUCAUGUCAGAGGCAUGUUCCAGAAGUUCGCCGACUACCACGAUGUCCGUACAUAUAUUGGCACAGCAGCUUUCCUUGCCUAUACGUUGGCUUAUUUCAAGUCCACUUGCAAAUAAAUGACUACGAACUUUUGAUCUUCAUUAUAGGCUAGCCAAUAUAGGUGUUGAUAUUUAAUUAAAUUUCUUGAUAAGUAUAGCAUUGUAGUAACUAUCUCUUUAGGGUGUAUUAAUGGUGAUCCAUGUAUUAAAAUAUUCUAUGUCUGCAAUUAUAACUAUAAUAUUAAAUCAAAGUUUGUCAUGUCAAUUUCAACAUUUUGAGUGAAAGUCUUUGUACAGGAUAGAUAAUGAUCGCGUGUGUUCAGUGGGAUAUUAGUUGGACCGUCUAACUAAUUCGAGGGAGUCCAUAAUCACUGAACGCAUACAAGCGAUCAUUGCCUAUCCGACUUGAUCACAUCCACAAAUAAUUAUUUUUAUUAUAUGUUUUGUAUAACUCGUUAGUAUUCUCUAUAUCUUUUGUUGAAUGCUUCAUCGGUAUUCUCUAUAUAGAGAAUACUAAUACUUAACUCGAAGGGCUUAACUCGAAAGAUACCUACCCCACAUAAACUCACAGUAAUUGCUUGAAGCAUGCUAUGAGACAGUUUAUGGGAUAUAGACCGCUGAAAUACUGAGUUCUGAUCAGGGGCGCCGGAAGGACUGAAAAGCGGCGGGAGCAGAAUCUUGAACAGGGCACUCGAUCGCCUAAGGUGCGAAACCUCGUAGGGUAUCCAGGGGCAUCCUCCCCCGGGAAAUUUUAUAUCUGCGUCUCUGAAAUGCCAUUUCAUGCGUUUUGGGCAGAGUUUGACAUAAUUUUGAGAAUUAAUAAACGUCACGUAAAAUACACAAAACAGUGAAAGUUUUAAGUAUAUAUAUAUGGGUGGAAUAUUUUGGUAGCUGAUGAAGUCUCACAGUUUGCAGCCAAAUAUUUCUAUACAUUGUACACUAGAUCGGAUUUUUAAUAGAUUAUGAAUAAAUUAAGUAGAUUAUAACAUGCAGGUCACGAACCAUGUGCAAGGCACAACAGAAAGAGCCGAAAAUAUUGUUACAAUAGCAAGCUAACGCAAAUACAGUUCAUGCAGAUAUACUCGCACAAUAAUGUAGAGUAAACUAAAUUCAUGAUAUAUAAUAAGAUCAAGGAAUAAUAAACCGAUAAUAAGCGAUUGUAACACUGUACUAUAAAGAAACCGAUAACUCUAAUAUGUAAUCCUUGCUUCUUCAACGAAAAAAAAACUGAGUCAACUAACUACCACGGUUCAAUGCUUCUUAAUUAUUUAUAGUAGAGGCAAGGAAGUUAAAACAAACUAAAAACUGAACUGCUACUCCAAUGAUUAUUGCCGCGUACUUGAGCUGGGACACAUUUUAGACUCAAGGUGUACUUAGUCUUUAGAAUGAAGUACAUAAAGUACAGGUUUCUGAAAGGUAUUAAUUCAGUAACCUAAAACCACAAGCAUUGGAAUCGACUCAUUCCUUAGGCUUAGUAUCAUCAGUCCAAUAAUUUUUCAUGCCAAGACAUGUCAGACAUGCCCAUAUACCGGCUUAAUUACGGUUUGAAUACGUUGGGUUUGGCAAAGUCAUAUGGUAGCAGCAAAAUGUAAGUACGCAAAUAGCGAGAGUUACGUGGAGCGUACCUACGAGGUACGUGGCUGAAAACAAGGACGUACCAGACCGUAAUAUUAGAGAGGUUAAGAUACCCCGGUUUCGGUGUACGGGUAGCAUGAUUUUGGUUAGCAAUAUUUUCGUCGCUGUCUGUACCUUUACUCGUAAUUAAGGUGCACAUUUUUCGCAUUAUAUCAUUGUCUAUUGCAAGAAAACAGAAAAAGUAUGAUCGAAUUGGCCUUUCUCACGAUGACGAAUAUCCGCCAUUUUUGGGUGGCAUCCAAUUCUCGUUAACUAAUGCAGACAAUUAAAACAAUGUGAAAAGAAAUUCCUCAAAAUAAAGUAACCAUUUACAAAGCAAAUUUACCAUCAUUCGUCGAAAAAAAUAUAAAAAGUCGCUGUUAUGUGGACUUAUCUCGCAGACUUCGGCUGAAAAGCCACCCAAAAAUGGCGGCGUGAGAAAGGCUAAUUACAGGCAUCAGUAAAACAAGAUGACACUACUCGUACCCGUACACCGAAACCACGGUAUCUUAACCUCUCUAUUGGCAUACCUCCGGUACGUAAGUACGCAAAUUAUCGCACCCUGAACUAUCAUACCCUGAGUGACCAAAAUCCUACGUUGGGUAUACCUAUAUUUUCAGGGAUACAUCUUUUUAGGAGAUACAGUAACAACUCACUACAGGUUUCUGUAUCUCAUACUGUCCUACAAAAUAUUGCUGCAUAUCUCAGAUGCAUAUUUUUAAAAGAAAUUCACACAUUGAAUUUUUAAAGAAAUUCACAGAUCUGCGAACAUUUUGAAAAUGAAUUGUGAUACCACAGCCGAUCGAGGGCUUUCAAAAUAAGCUGGUGGUCGCUGCAGCUCCGGCACGAAGUUCUCUGCCACUUUUUUUACUACUUCAAAUAUCAAUUCUGUUUUCCUUCCUUACCUCGAAGCUUUCAAACAACAAAGUUGUUUUUCCUUAACCUGCGUAUCUAUUUUGUAGCCUGGUUAUUUUCGAAAACGACGUAGUAUUUCCUACCUCCUCCGCAGGCCCUUUCUCGGGAAAAUUUGCGGGCGGUUUGCGGGUGGUGCCGAAAUGCUCCCCAAGCGCCUGCGGAGGAGGUAGUAGUAUUUCGUAAAACUUGUAAGCUAUAGUAUCUUGUUAAAGAAUGAAAGUAUAGUGAUACAUUAUAAUGUGAUUAUAGCUGGAUCUCAGUAGCCUGCUUGCAGAUAUCUAAUCAAUAUACGCGCUUAUGUCUAGUUAAUUUGGAGGACUUUAAGACUCCUUAUAGAACGCCAGGGCAGGAAAAAAGAAUUUUCUUCCUGCGAGCACAGCCUGGAGACAAAAAUUUCCUGCAGACCAACGGAGUAUUUUUGUGCUAAAUCUGCAUGUACAUAAACAUAUAGUGUUUUAGCUGACUAUAUGGUUAGCAUAAACAUAUAAUUUUCUAGCUGAAAUUGAAGGAAUAAUGUCUGUCAACCAUAUGUUGUUGCGGCCCAUAGGUGGGCAUGGGUGUUAAAGGUUUCCUUCAAAUUUUCAAUGGAAAAUCUUCAUUCAAACGAACUUCCUGCAGCUGUUUAACAUUUUCUGCUAGCAGUGCUCGCCUAUUUUUUCCACCCCUGUAGAGACCGCUCCCCACAGCCAGAAAACUGCGGAUUGAUAGGGAUGCAACUACCUCAAAAAUACAUUGUCAAGGAGAACUUCGACAUUUCGAGAAAAGGCACUUCGUUGGGUCGGUCAGGAAGUUAGUUGGCUGUCCUACAACCUCCCGACGAAGUGCCUUCGCUCGAAAUGUCGAAGUUUUCCUUGUAUUAGGUACUGGUCAUUAUUUAUGGACGGGGGGCCUGAAGAGAAAAUGGGUGGGUAAACAAAAUUUUAUGGGUGGAAAUGGGUGGGUUGAAUAAAAAUUCACCAAGCCAAGGUGUGGGUAAAGUAAAAAUCAUUAAGUCGGAUAAUACUAAAAUAUUUGUAUUAUUUGUUUUAUUAAGAUCGAAUAAAUAUCAUUUACUUAUGUCAAUUUGCAAAGUAUUCCAUUUGAACCUGCCAUAACAGUCAUGAUAAAGUGACAGAAUUCAUACUUGUUGACUCAUACUUUUUGUUCUCUCAAAAACUCAUAUAAGUCAAUCUAGCUUUUAAGUAAGUAAAUUGGCAAAAUUAAGUCAGGGUGGAUCUACGAUUUUUGAAUGAGUGCUGGGGUUGGGUGGAGAAAAAUUUUUUUUUGAAAGUUGGGUCACUAAAAAAUUUGGCCAAGAAAAUGUUUCUCCUCAGUGCCCCCCCCCCCGGCCAUAAAUAAUGACCGGCCCUUAUUCAUGUAGUUGCAUCCCUAUCCGAAGUUUUCAUAUUAUUGGCAGCACCUACACUGGCACAGACCGAUUAUACUCCCCACAGCCACCUACUCAAAAUAAUUCUGAAAGCCCUGCUAAACCCAGACUACACUAACUAAACUAUUAUUUUAUCUUAUCUUUGCAGACGAUGCUUAUGUCAGAGGCAUGUUCCAGAAGUUCGCCGACUACCACGAUGUCCGUACAUAUAUUGGCACAGCAGCUUUCCUUGCCUAUACGUUGGCUUAUUUCAAGUCCACUUGCAAAUAA